GGGAGGAAAAAGACUGUCCGUUCAUGACAGACAACGGGAGCAGGGAUCGCAACAGUACCCAGCCAGCCUGCGCAUUUUUCGCGACAGCAGACGAAUAACAGAAAAUGCCACGGGAAAUCAUAACACUUCAGCUUGGACAAUGUGGAAACCAGAUUGGCUUUGAGUUCUGGAAGCAGCUGUGUGCAGAGCAUGGCAUCAGUCCAGAGGGAAUAGUGGAGGAGUUUGCCACAGAGGGCACGGACCGAAAAGACGUCUUUUUCUACCAGGCAGAUGAUGAGCAUUACAUUCCCCGGGCGGUACUGCUGGACCUGGAGCCUAGGGUCAUUCAUUCCAUCCUGAAUUCCCCCUACGCCAACCUCUACAACCCCGAAAACAUCUACCUCUCAGAGCACGGAGGGGGUGCUGGAAACAACUGGGCCAGUGGCUUCUCACAGGGGGAGAAAAUCCAUGAGGACAUCUUUGACAUCAUCGACAGAGAAGCGGAUGGCAGUGACAGUCUGGAGGGCUUCGUGCUGUGCCACUCCAUUGCAGGGGGAACAGGAUCAGGUCUGGGCUCCUAUCUGCUGGAGAGGCUGAAUGACAGGUACCCCAAGAAGCUGGUGCAGACGUACUCGGUGUUCCCCAACCAGGACGAGAUGAGCGACGUGGUGGUGCAGCCCUACAACUCCCUGCUGACGCUGAAGAGGCUGACGCAGAACGCCGACUGCGUGGUGGUGCUGGACAACACAGCCCUGAAUCGCAUUGCCACAGACAGACUGCACAUUCAGAACCCCUCCUUUUCCCAGAUUAACCAGCUGGUCUCCACCAUUAUGUCUGCCAGUACUACCACGUUGCGUUACCCGGGCUACAUGAACAAUGAUCUCAUUGGUCUGAUUGCAUCUCUAAUCCCCACGCCCCGCCUCCACUUCCUCAUGACUGGCUACACCCCCCUCACCACUGACCAAUCAGUGGCCAGCGUGCGGAAGACCACGGUGCUGGAUGUGAUGAGGAGGCUGCUGCAGCCCAAAAACGUCAUGGUGUCCACCGGCAGGGACCGGCAGACCAACCACUGCUACAUCGCCAUCCUCAACAUCAUCCAGGGAGAGGUGGACCCCACGCAGGUGCACAAAAGCCUGCAGAGGAUCCGUGAGAGGAAACUGGCUAGCUUCAUUCCCUGGGGUCCUGCCAGCAUCCAGGUGGCCCUGUCCAGGAAGUCCCCCUACCUCCCCUCCGCCCAUCGUGUCAGUGGACUGAUGAUGGCCAAUCACACCAGCAUCUCUUCGCUCUUUGAACGCACGUGUCGGCAGUAUGAUAAGCUGCGCAAGCGUGAGGCCUUCCUGGAGCAGUUCCGCAAGGAGGACAUAUUCAAGGACAACUUCGACGAGUUGGACAACUCGCGCGAGGUCGUCCAGCAGCUCAUCGACGAGUACAGCGCUGCCACGCGCCCCGACUACAUCUCCUGGGGCUCCCAGGAGCAGUGACAACCCCCACCCCCCCUCACCCAAUUCACACCCCUGCCGCACCCUUCGCUGUGGUAGGCAGGUAGACCUUCCACUGAUGGAUGUGACCCCACUAGAAACCAUAGCAAUAGAAGUCACUGCAGAUUCGUUCCCCCUCACCACAGAUCGCAACGGUAUCUGUCCACACGGACCUCUAUUAACUCAGUGCCUGUACUCAAUCAAACGUGUUUUCAGCUUGUUAAAUAGCGGUGAUUUUCCUGGUUUCCUCUGGUCUUUUAGGAGGCUGAUCUUAGAACGUGUGUCUUUGUUCUAUUUUUAUACUGUGCUGUAUUUUGUCUGCUGCGUGGCAACAUGAAUGUAAGUCCGUGUAGAAGGCUUGCUGUGUUUUCAGCGGCUGCGCUUGCUGUAAAGUGUGCUAGUUUGUUCACUUACUCACACUCCACGGCUGCAGGGCCUUGAUACAGUGAGGGGAAUAUGGCAGAGAGAGACCAGUGUUCCAUGGGGGUCUCAAUGAAUAGCGGCACUGUACUGACUGUACAAACAACACAACAACAGAAAAAAGCACUUUUUGAGCAGUUUGAUACAACCGGCGACUCGUAGCUUCUUUUCCUCUUGAUGUAGUGAGGGAGAGGAGUUUCUGCAGAGUUCAGCAAUUGAUUCAGCUUCAGCAGUGCACAGAAUUCUUUCCAAUGCAUGCCUGACCAAUACUGCUCAAGACCCUAAAGGGCAUCAAGGGCUGUUCUCUGAAAAAAUGUGCAGAUAUCAGAGAAUGUCUGAACAUUCAGAAUGUAUGCCAGGGAAAAAGAGUAUUGUUGGACAUACCAAGCACACAAGCUAAUGACCUUUACAAAGCAGAUUUGUAAAUCCUUGGUACGUCCAACAUAAGACUUUCUCCACUUCUCACUUUCUCACAGAAUCACCCUAGGUGCCUUUUAAGGUGUCUUUUUUGUGUUGUGGUGAAAUGCAUGAAUAGGAUUCCAGUCUGCUGUUCUCCAAAACGUGUUAGCCUACAGAAUGCUCCUCACAGCGCAGUAGCUAUGCAACUGUAUUACUGCCUGCUGUAGCACACCGCAUAUAUCCCUCCUGACACACGAUUAAUCACGUUUCCACAGUGCUCCUCUGUAAGACAGAAACAAAGUAUGGCAGACGGGAAAGCUUAUCGGAGAGCGUGCAAACAUUGUGAAACUGAUGAC